AUGGUAGCCACCCGAAGCCUACAACUUACGGUCAAGAAAACGACAAGACAACAAAAGACACUGGAAGGGCAGCUAUUGAUGGUUAAAGAUGGGGAAAGAACAGCUAUCUCCUCCCGGGUCGCGGAGUUGGACCAGAUCAUGCCUCAAUAUCUAGGCGUAUCCAAGGCCGUCUUGGAUUCAGUCAUUUUCUGCCACCAGGAUGAGAGUUUGUGGCCUAUGAGCGAACCUUCUGUGCUGAAGAAGAGAUUCGACGAGAUUUUCGAAGCGAUGAAGUACACCAAGGCUAUCGAGAAUAUCAAGGUUCUAAGAAAGAAGCAGAACGAGGAACUCGCCAAAUACAAGAUCAUGGAACAACACGCCAAAGAAGAUAAGGAGAAGGCCGAUCGUGCAGAAAAAAGGUCUAUCAAGCUUCAGGAAGAAAUCGAGGCAUUACGAAUCGAAGCCCAUCAGCUUUCCGAAGAGAUGCGACGGGUUGCUGAUCUCGCCGAUAAAGCAUGGAAAGAGUCUGAAAGUUAUUCCCAAAUCCUCGGAGCCCUGAAAGGGAAACGGAUCGAAGCAAACAGCAUCCAGUCGACGAUUGACAACUUGAAAAGACACCUUGUUGAACUCGAUGACUCGGACGAGUGGCUAGAGUCGAAUUUGGAACAGUUCGAAUCAAAACAGCUUCAUUACCAGCAAAAUGAGGAGGCUCAGAAAGAGAACUAUAUGGAAAUCAAGGAGCAAAUUGAGCAGGCUCGACAUAGGCUUGGUCUCAAACAAGCAGAGUGCGGCAAAUUCGAGAACGACAAGGCCAACUACGAGCGACAGCUUGAGAGACGCAAGAAGCUGAUCAGGGAAAUCGCACGAACCCAUAACAUCCGCGGGUAUGAUGAUGAUUUGGACCAGACUGACAUGAACGAGUUCAUGCGGAAGAUUCGAAAAUCCCUGACGGACCAGAAUCAGACCCUAGACCGUGCGAAGCGUGAAGCGCAGACUGAGCUACGCGAAGUGCAAGUAACUCUGAAUGAAAUCGGCCAGCGAAAGUCUGCGCUGCAGGAAAGCAAGAACGCAGCCAGACGGCAAAUAGCUUCCAACGAUAAGGAGAUCGCCUCAUACCAAAGAAAGCUUAACGAAAUCGACGUCGACGAAGGUGUUCAAGCUGCGAUCGAGUCGAAUAUUGAGGAUAUCAAUUCCCGUCUAAGUUCCUCCAAGGGACGUGCGCAAGCGGCUUCUUGGGAUAAGGAGAUCCAGGAAAUCAACACAGCUAUUCGGAAUCUGGAAGAUGACAGUUCGCGAUUGAAUUCGGAGCUCAUUGAGGCUACUAGAAUGGCCGGUGAUUUGGCUCGCCUAGACCAUUUGAAGAAGGAGCUGAAAGAUCGAGAGCGCAGCCUUGAAACCAUGAAGGGCGCUCAUGACGAACGUCUUACAAAACUCGUCAGCUCUGAUUGGCGACCAGAGACGUUGGAACAGGAGUUCCAACAGGUCAUGAAUGAAGAAUCUAGACUUGUGACCAAUGCAGAGAACGACCGAAAUGGCGUCAAUAGAGAGCUGGAACAGGUGGAAUUCAAGCUGAGAAACGUUAGGAAGACUCUGGAUCAGCGACAGAAAGAACUCCAAGACAGCAUUAAGGAGAUUCGGGAAGCAGUUGAUGACGAGCCUGAAGAAUACCUGGAAAUUGUCAAGCAACGGCAGGUCCAGCUUGAUAUCGCUAGAAAGGAUGCGGAACAAUAUGCAGGCGUUGGCGAGUAUAUCACCACUUGUCUCGAAACAGCCAAUAAAGCCAAGGUGUGUCGACUGUGUACCAGACCUUUCAGAAACGACAGCGAGUUCCAGAGUUUCAAAGCCAAGUUGGAACAGCUGGUCAAGAAGACGCAAAUGCAAGCCGAGGAUGAGGAUGUCCGACGACUUGAAGAAGAUCUCAAUACUGCGCGUGAAGCCGGUACUGCUUAUGAUUCGUGGAUCCGCUUGCGAGAAAUGGACAUCCCUGAACUGGAGAAGGAGGAACAACAACACGAUUCUCGGCGGGAUGAGCUUCUGACCGAACUGGAAAACCGUGACAAGGUGGUUGACGAGAAGGUUGAGAAGAAGAGAGACGUUGAGUCUCUUUCGAAGACGGUGAACACGAUUGUGAGGUACGAUGGUGAUAUCAAAUCCAUCAAGUCUCAGAUCAAGGAGCUGUCUUCGAAGCGGCAAGGUACCAGCGCUACGCGCACACUCGAAGAUAUCCAAGACGAGAUCGCUGCGACUGGCGAAAAGUCUAGAGCUUUGAAGAAGACCCUCACAAAGCUCACUCAUGACAAAGAGCAGGCACGUACUGAAAUUACCACCUUGGAGCUGCAGCUCAGAGAUGCGAAGAGCAGCCUGGACAAUGCCAAGUUCCAGUUGGAGAAGAAAGCUGAUCUCCUUGCCAGGCUGGAAGAGUACAAGAAUUUCAACGCCCAGCAAAGAGAGGCCAUUGAGAAGGCUGAUCAGGAUAUUGAAGGGCUCACACCUGAGCUCCUGAAAGCCCAAGCACGGUAUGAUGACAUUAGCCGGCGUGCUGAGGCUCGUGAGAGGGAACUGCAGCAUGCAAUCUCUACUCUGUCAGACAGUGUAAACCAGCUCGAUCUGGCAAAUGACGAGAUCAACUCGUAUAAUGAACGAGACGGUCCAGGUCAGCUAGAGAGAGCUAGGAACGAGCUUCGGCAUAUUGAAGGCGAAAUCAAUCAGCUUGAAACUAAGCUUGCCAAUAUCACCAAGGAAAUCAACAAGAUAUCCGCACAGCUGAAGGACAGCGAAAAUACCAAACGGCAAUACUCUGAUAACCUGACUUACCGCCAAUCAACCAGAGCAUUCGAUGCUGUCACGGCAGAGAUUGAGCAGCUCGAAGCACAAAAUGCAGAAGUGGACCGGAGCCGUUUCAAGAAGGAAUCGGAACGUCGAACCCGCGAACAUAACGCUCUUGCUGCCCAGCAGGCGAGUAAGAUGGGAGAGAUGAAGUCCAAAGACGACCAGUUGAUGCAGCUUCUCGCAGACUGGAACACGGACUACAAGGACGCAGCAAGCAAGUACAAGGAAGCCCAUAUCCGAGUAGAAACCACCAAAGCCGCUGUCGACGAUCUAGCUCGCUACGGUGGCGCGCUCGACAAAGCAAUCAUGAAAUACCACAGCCUGAAAAUGGAGGAAAUCAACGCCAUUAUCGGCGAGCUCUGGCAAAGAACCUACCGAGGCACCGACGUCGACACCAUCCUCAUCCGCUCCGACAACGAAAAUGCCAAAGGAAACCGCUCCUACAACUACCGCGUCUGUAUGGUCAAGCAGGACGCAGAGAUGGACAUGCGUGGUCGUUGCAGUGCUGGUCAGAAGGUCCUCGCCAGUAUCAUCAUUCGUUUGGCGUUGGCGGAGUGUUUCGGUGUUAACUGCGGUCUUAUUGCGCUCGAUGAACCGACAACCAACCUUGAUCGGGAUAAUAUCCGGUCUCUGGCUGAGUCGCUGCAUGAGAUUAUUCGGGCUCGUCAGCAGCAGGCUAAUUUCCAGUUGAUUGUGAUUACGCACGAUGAAGACUUUCUGCGGCAUAUGCAGUGUGGUGAUUUCUGUGAUUAUUACUACCGAGUGUCUCGCAAUGAGAAGCAGAAGUCGAUUAUUGAGCGGCAGUCAAUUGCAGAGGUUAUGUGA